CGCCACAACAGGUGACUCAGUAACAUAUAAAAGGUAGGUCAGCAGAACGAAAAGUGCCUUUCACCGCUGCUUUUCAAGUCUGAGGUUACUUCUACCUUCUACUGUGUUGAAGUGUACGGCGUCGUUAAGCGAAUAGAAAAUACGGAAAUCUCUCUCAUAGCCUCUCUUUAUUAUUAAGCAGCUUCAAGCAAACUGGACGCCAUUUCGACUAUAACCGAAAGUAAGGAGUUCUCACGAUGAGGACGCUGAGUAAUCUUGUCGCUGGACGUUGAAUAAAUCAUCUGUAAACAAGAACUUGUCUGCGUGGUGGCUGACGGUAGCAACACCCAUGAAUCAGUCUGAGGAAAAAGAUGAGGGACUGCUGCCCUCAAAUGAGGAACAUGGCAGCCAGGCAGAACGGACUGAGCAGAAAAGCUGUGUGUCCCUGAAGAGUGAAAGAUCCAUGGAUUACCCUCUUGGUUUUAAACAGACUAAGCAGGAACAUUCAAACUCACCUUCACAAAGCUGUGUAUCCAUGGAGAGCCAGAGAUCCAUGGAUUACCCUCUUGGUUUCAACCAACAUGAAUCAGUUACAGAAGAUCACCAGACAAUGCCAGAGGAGACAGACCUGGACUCCAUAUUUCUGGUUGUUGAGGAGAACAUUGUUACUUUUGUGAAAAAUGAGCUGAAGACAUUCCGUAAAUUGCUGAGUCCAGAUUACCCAAAAUGCUUGGAGAGUCAAGCUAAGGACGAGGAAAUAAAUAAUAGUGAAGAUGAAGACCAGAUAUGGAGGAGCAGAGACGCUUUUCUGAAAAUCACACUGCAGGUCAUGAGAGGAAUGAAACAUGGAGAGCUGGCUGACUCUCUGCAAAACAGAGCUUAUGGGGCCAAACUAAAAUCAAGUCUAAAGAAGAAGUUUCAGUGUGUGUUUGAAGGGAUUGCCAAAGCAGGAAAUCCAACUCUUCUAAAUAAGAUCUACACAGAGCUCUAUAUCACAGAGGGGAGAUUUACAGAGGUCAACUCUGAGCAUGAAGUCAGACAGAUUGAAGCAGCAUCCAGGAAAUCAGAUGGAAUUGAACCAAAAAUCAAACAAGAAGACAUAUUUAAACCCUCUACUGAAAGAGAUGAACCAAUUAGAACAGUCAUGACAAUGGGAGUGGCUGGCAUUGGGAAAACAGUUUUAACACAGAAGUUUGCUUUGGACUGGGCUCAAGGCAAAGGCAACCAGCAUAUCCAAUUCAUAUUUCUAUUUUCCUUCAGAGAGCUGAAUGUGCUGAGAGAGAAAAGGUUUAGUUUGGUGGAACUUGUUAAUCACUUCUUUCCUGAAAUGACAGAAGAAGAAAUCUGCAGGUUCCAGGAUUUUAGGGUUUUGUUUAUCUUUGAUGGUUUGGAUGAGUCUCGACUUUCACUGGACUUCCACAAAACUGAUAUCCUGACUGAUGUUACAGAGUCCACCUCAUUGGAUGUGCUACUGACAAACAUCAUAAGGGGGACAUUGCUUUGCUCUGCUUGUGUCUGGAUAACCACACGACCUGCAGCAGCCAAUCAGAUCCCACCUGAGUACGUAGACAUGGUGACAGAGAUUAGAGGUUUCAACGACAUGGAGAAGGUGGAAUAUUUCCACAAGAGAUUUAGUGAAGAAGAGCAGAGAAGCAGAAUUAUUUCCCAUAUCAAAAGGUCACGAAGCCUCCACAUCAUGUGCCACAUCCCUGUCUUCUGCUGGAUCUCUGCUACAGUUCUGGAGAAGGUAUUAAAAACAAAAGAAGGAGGAGAGCUGCCCAAGACCCUAACUGAGAUGUAUAUUCACUUCCUGGUGGUUCAGUGCAAACUGAAGAACAUCAAGUAUGAUGGAGGAGUUGUGACAGAUUCACACUGGACUCCAGAGACCAGAAAGAUGAUCAAGUCAUUGGCAAAACUGGCUUUUGAGCAGCUGAACAAAGGGAACCUGAUCUUUUAUGAAUCAGAUCUGACAGAGGGUGGCAUUGAUAUCAGAGCAGCCUCUUGGUACUCAGGAGUAUUCACACAAGUUUUUCAAGAGGAACGUGGAUUGUACCAAGACAAGAUGUUCUCCUUUGUUCAUCUGAGUGUUCAGGAGUUUCUUGCUGCUCUUCAUGUUUAUCUGACAUUUUUCAAUUCUGGAGUCAAUUUGAUGUCAGAAAGAACUUCAGUGUGGUCCAGACUGUUUAAAGCCGAACCUGAUUCACUAUCUCUCUACCAGAAUGCUGUAGACCAGGCCUUACAGAGUCCAAAUGGACACCUGGACCUAUUCCUGCGCUUCCUCCUUGGUUUAUCUUUGGAGAAUAAUCAGAGACUGCUACAUGGUUUAGUGAAAGAGACAGAAAGCAGCUCACUGACCAAUCACAAAACAGUCCAGUACAUCAAGAGUAAGAUCAGUUCCACUUCCUGUCCAGAGAAGAGCAUCAACCUGUUUCAUUGUCUGAAUGAGCUAAAUGAUCAUUCUCUAACAGAAGAAAUACAACAACACUUGAGCUCAGGACGUUUGCCCAUAGAUAAACUGUCUACUUCUCAUUGGUCAGCUUUGGUCUUCAUCUCACUGUCAUCAGAAGAAGAGCUGAAUGUGUUUGACUUGAAUAAAUACUCCACUUCAGAGGAGGUUCUUCUGAGGCUGCUGCCAGUGGUCAAAGCAUUUACUAAAGCUGUGUAG